CAGCACAGCUAGCGCUAACUCAGUGUAGCUCUCAAACAAUUAAUCUCAGUUUAGUUAUAGUAUACUCCACGCAGUUCUGAGGAAAUUUCGUCUAAAGCUGUCUUGAGUUCCGGCUGAAUGGCUGAAGCGUCCAUUACAGAUGCAUCGAAGUUGAAUCCCGAGUCUGCGGAGUUCGUACCCCAAGCUAAACCCAACCAGCCCCCCUUUAGGAGAAAUUACAGGCAGCAGCACCACGGUCAGGACUGGAGGGCUCAACAUGUUAGGCCUCAUCACCACUUUAGACAGUCCAGUGCAUGUCAAGAUGAGUUUGAAAACCCUGCCAAUAAUACAUUAGCCCCUGCUCAGCUUCCCAUUAGAGAAGACUUGAGAGGUAGGGGUCGAGGAGGGAGACAAAGAGGAGGACGUGGUGAUGGUCGGCGCAGUAAUGACCAUGGCCCUCCGAACGAGAGAUGGACGAAACCUGGAAGUGAUCAUGACUGCUCAGGAAGAGGUCGUGGAGCUUGUGGCCGUGAGCGAAAUAACUCACCCACUUCUUAUAGAUCCACAGAUGAGGAGAAGAAAGAAAGAACAACUGUGGAAGCCUAUGUGAGAAAGUCUUAUAAUGACAGCCGACGCAAGCAGCCCAAUAGAGCGCAAGCUGAGAGAUGGAUUAAGGAGCCUCUUCCCAGGGACCAAGAGGAGAACCGGGAAAACCAGACUGAUGCAGGAGUCACAAGGCCUGCAGCAGUUCAUGAACAUCCUGAGCAGAGGAAUCAUAAGGGAUGGAGAGGUGGAGAGCGGUGCAUGCACCCCAGGUCCCGGAGGAAAGGACAGGCACCUAAUCAUGGGAUUGAGGGUAACUGGAGAGAAAGAGAACCUGCUCAGAUCAGCAGGGAGGAGAGGAGAGGUGCAGAAGAUGAGGGAGGAAGACAUGAGGAGUCUAACAGAAACAGAGGAGCUGUGAGAGGGGAGGAGAGGAGAGGUGCAGAAGAUGAGGGAGGAAGACAUGAGGAGUCUAACAGAAACAGAGGAGCUGUGAGAGGGGAGGAGAGGAGAGGUGCAGAAGGUGAGGGAGGAAGACAGGAGGAGUUCAACAGAAACAGAGGAGGUGCGAGAGGGGAGGAGAGGAGACAUGAGGAGUCCAGCAGGAACAGAGGAGCUGGGAGAGGGGAGGAGAGGAGAGGUGCAGAAGAUGAGGGAGGAAGACAUGAGGAGUCUAACAGAAACAGAGGAGCUGCGAGAGGGGAGGAGAGGAGAGGUGCAGAAGAUGAGGGAGGAAGACAUGAGGAGUCUAACAGAAACAGAGGAGCUGCGAGAGGGGAGGAGAGGAGAGGUGCAGAAGAUGAGGGAGGAAGACAUGAGGAGUCUAACAGAAACAGAGGAGCUGCGAGAGGGGAGGAGAGGAGAGGUGCAGAAGAUGAGGGAGGAAGACAUGAGGAGUCUAACAGAAACAGAGGAGCUGCGAGAGGGGAGGAGAGGAGACAUGAGGAGUCCAGCAGGCACAGAGGAGGUGCGAGAGGGGAGGAGAGGAGAGGUGCAGAAGAUCAGGGAGGAAGACAGGAGGAGUUAAACAGAAACAGAGGAGCUGCGAGAGGGGAGGAGAGGAGAGGUGCAGAAGAUCAGGGAGGAAGACAGGAGGAGUUAAACAGAAACAGAGGAGCUGCGAGAGGGGAGGAGAGGAGACAUGAGGAGUCCAGCAGGAACAGAGGAGCUGUGAGAGGGGAGGAGAGGAGAGGUGCAGAAGAUGAGGGAGGAAGACAGGAGGAGUUCAACAGAAACAGAGGAGCUGUGAGAGGGGAGGAGAGGAGAGGUGCAGAAGAUGAGGGAGGAAGACAGGAGGAGUUCAACAGAAACAGAGGAGCUGCGAGAGGGGAGGAGAGGAGACAUGAGGAGUCCAGCAGGAACAGAGGAGGUGCGAGAGGGGAGGAGAGGAGAGGUGCAGAAGAUCAGGGAGGAAGACAGGAGGAGUUAAACAGAAACAGAGGAGCUGCGAGAGGGGAGGAGAGGAGAGGUGCAGAAGAUCAGGGAGGAAGACAGGAGGAGUUAAACAGAAACAGAGGAGCUGCGAGAGGGGAGGAGAGGAGACAUGAGGAGUCCAGCAGGAACAGAGGAGGUGCGAGAGGGGAGGAGAGGAGAGGUGCAGAAGAUCAGGGAGGAAGACAGGAGGAGUUCAACAGAAACAGAGGAGCUGCGAGAGGGGAGGAGAGGAGACAUGAGGAGUCCAGCAGGAACAGAGGAGCUGUGAGAGGGAAAAGGCCACUUCUGCAGAAUGCAGGGCUGGGGAGAGGUGGAGGUCCUGAGCGACGGACCGGACCGGUGAAGCGCAUUGAGCCUCCCAAAAGCAAAGAAACCCAGACAGGUUGUCUGAUUGAGCAGCUGACGGAGGAGAAGUAUGAGUGUAUGGUCUGUUGUGAAGUGAUUCGGCUCAUGGCUCCAGUUUGGAGCUGUCAGAGCUGUUACCACGUAUUUCACCUUAACUGCAUCAAGAAAUGGGCUCGCUCACCUGCAUCUCAAGCUGAUGAUGCCCCUGAAGGAUGGCGUUGUCCUGCAUGCCAGCAUGUGGCACUUAAAGCCCCAAAUGCGUACACCUGCUUCUGUGGGAAGGUGACCAAUCCUGAGUUUCAGCGCACUGAGAUCCCUCAUAGCUGUGGGGAUAUGUGUGGGAAAAAGAGGAGUGGAGGGGAAUGCAAUCACCCCUGUAAUAUCUUGUGCCAUCCUGGGCCCUGCCCACAGUGUCCAGCUUUUAUCACAAAGUCCUGCAUUUGUGGUAGAAUGAGUAAGCAGGUUCGUUGCAGUCAGACAGGACCUCUGCUUUGUGAGGAAGUCUGUGGGGCUCUUCUGAACUGCUCAAAGCACUUCUGUGCCCAGGUGUGCCACUCAGGGCCAUGCCAACCCUGUCCACUUCGUGUUCAGCAAGCUUGCUUUUGUGGUGUGGUGUUCAGGGAGGUGGCAUGUGGGACUGAUUGUGGUCAUUUUGAUGGAUCAGGAUAUUUCUCCUGUUGCAAAACCUGUGGAAAGAUGCUAGACUGCCAGUCCCAUCGCUGUCAGCAGUUAUGCCACCCUGGGCAGUGUCAGUCAUGUCCACUCAGCCCCAAGCUGGUGCGCAGCUGUUCGUGUGGACAGACUCUAUUAUCUAAACUUCUAGAGCUCGGCUACCCAGAGAGAAAGACCUGUACUGACCCGAUCCCCUCCUGUGGCAAGACCUGCAACAAACCACUGCCAUGUGGAGAUGAUGAUUCUGUCCACUUGUGUGAAAAGCUCUGCCACGAGGACAGCUGUGGGCCGUGCUCUUUGACCUCCUCUAUUAAAUGCAGAUGUGGCAGUAACAGCAAGGAAGUUCCUUGUGCAGCCAUUCAGACUGAACAAGACAUGAUGUUUACGUGUGAGAAACGCUGCAUCAGGAAGCGCUCUUGCGGCAGGCACAAGUGUGGGGAGAUGUGUUGUGUGGAUCUGGAGCAUAAGUGCUCAAUGAUUUGUGGUUACAAGCUCAAUUGCGGUCUACAUCGAUGUCAGGACCUUUGCCACCGUGGGAACUGCCAGCCAUGUUGGCAAACCAGUUUUGAUGAGUUGGCGUGCUACUGCGGGGAGACUGUGCUCUUCCCGCCCAUCCCUUGUGGAACCAGACCCCCUGAAUGUAAAAACUUAUGUACCCGAAGUCAUGAUUGUGAUCAUCCAGUGUUCCAUUCAUGCCACACUGAGGAGAGCUGUCCUCCCUGUACCUACCUCACCAAGAAGUGGUGCAUGGGUAACCAUGAGCAAAGGAGUAAUAUCCCAUGCCACCUGCAGGACAUCUCGUGUGGUUUAGCGUGUGAUAAGCUCUUAUCCUGCGGUUCGCAUCGCUGUAAGAAAAUAUGUCACCGUGGUGAAUGCCAGGCAGAGGGAGAGUGUAAGCAGCCAUGCACUCACCCUAGAGCUAGCUGUGGACACCCCUGUGCUGCUCCCUGCCACCCAGGCACCCCCUGUCCACCCACUGUCUGCAGUGCCAAGGUGGCACUGCAGUGUGACUGUGGCCGAAGGAAAGAGACUAUUCCUUGCACUGAUGCAGCUAGUUCCUAUCAAAGAUAUGCAGCUAUUUCCGUUGCCAGUAAGCUGUCAGAUAUGCAGCUGGGAGAGUCCGUAGACAUUGGACAGCUCACGAAGAAAGAGCAGAGAAAGGCUAGGUUGGAUUGUGAUCAAGAAUGUGCUACACUGGAGAGGAACAGGCGGCUGGCCGAGGCCCUGCAGAUUGAUCAGUCGGUGGAUACCUUCAAGUCAGCAUCUUCCAAAUAUAGUGACUCUCUCAAAGAAGAUGCAAGGAAAGAUUUCAAGUUUGUCAGUGAAAUUGAGGAGGAGAUUAAGAAUUUAGUUGAACUGGCUAACAAGGGUAAACAGCCUAAGAGGAGUCACUGUUUUCCACCUAUGAAGCGUGAACACAGGAGAAUUAUCCAUGAGCUAGCGGAGGCUUAUGGUGUGGAAAGCGUCAGCUAUGAUAGUGAACCCAAGCGCAAUGUAGUGAUCACUGCCAUCAGGGGGAAAGCAGUGUGUCCUAACACUAGUCUGGCUGCUUUGGUUGAAAGGGAAACUGUUUCCAGAGCCCCCCCUCCCAUUGCCCACAUCAAACAACAAACCAGCAAGGCCGACAACAGUAAUGCUUGGAAGAAACAAUCUAGAGAGGAUCUCUCCAUUGAUUAUUUUGAUGUGCAGGAUUGACAUGAAAUUUUGAACAUUCAAUGUAAUAAUCACACAAAAUAAAACUGUCCAAAA